AUGAGAGCAAACCUCUACUGCACCCUGGAGGUGGACUCCUUCGGCUACUUUGUCAGCAAAGCCAAGACCCGGGUGUUCCGGGACACCGCAGAACCCCAGUGGAACGAGGAGUUUGAGAUCGAGCUGGAGGGCUCACAGUGCCUACGCAUCCUCUGCUAUGAGAAGUGCUACGACAAGACUAAGCUGAACAAGGAUGACAACGAGAUCGUGGACAAGAUCAUGGGCAAAGGCCAGGUGCAGGCAGCCAAUUAGUGCCAGCCAAUCAUAUCAGACACACCACGGUGUAGCUGUUUUCCCUUUUGGAAGUCGAGAAAGUGAGGUGUUUGCAGAAGAGAUGACCUCCACCAACUCUCAAUACCUGCCCCUCUCU